AUGGAUAUUCCGGUUAUUGAUAAUGCCAGCGAAGUGACAGAGUUCGUCCUGGUGGGUUUGUCUAAUCAUCCAAAAGCCCAGGCUGCCUUUUACUGCACCAUGGUAGCAGUCUACCUGGUCACGUUGGUGGGCAACAGUCUCAUCAUUGUCGUGGUUAGAGUAGAAAAGCAGCUUCACACCCCUAUGUAUUUUUUCUUAAGCAAUCUGUCCUUCCUUGAUAUCUGCUACUCUAGCAAUUCAGUGCCUUUUUUAUUGUUCAAUGGUUUAAAAGACUACCCCACCAUUUCCUAUACUGGUUGUUAUGCCCAGAUGACCAUCGCUCUUUCUCUGGGGAUGACAGAAUGCCUCCUCCUCGCUGUCAUGGCUUAUGAUAGAUUUAUUGCAAUCUCCAAUCCCCUGCAUUACUCCAUCAUUAUGAAUCACCAGGUCUGCGUACAGUUGGCUGUGGUAACCUGGGCUAGUGCCUUUCUUUUAGCAAUAAUACCAAUCAUUGCAAUUCCUGCCCGUUUUUGUGGACACAAUAUCAUCAACCAUUUCACCUGUGAGGUGCAGGCCCUGUUGAAACUCAUCUGCUCGGACACCCCAGUCAGACUUAUUCUGGGUCUCGUCAUCAGUAUAUUCACACUGCCUCUGCCCUUCACCUUCAUCCUCAUCUCCUAUACUCGCAUUGUGGUUGCCGUGCUGAGGAUCCGCUCUGCAGAGGCCAGGUUCAAAGCUUUCUCUACCUGUGGCUCCCAUCUGACUGUGGUCACCAUAUUUUAUGGGACUGCCAUCUACAUGUACCUGAAACCUCAGUCAAGGGAGUACCAGGACCAGGGUAAAGUCGUGUCUGCAUUUUAUGGUGUUGUAACCCCUAUGCUGAACCCUGUCAUUUACACCUUGAGGAACAAGGAUGUGAAAGAAGCCCUAAGAAAAAGAAUUAGGAAGACAAAGUCCUAA